CCAUUCCCCCCGCUGUUUUGGGGGUCCCUCCAUUCCCCCCGCUGUUUUGGGGUCCCUGCAUUCCUCCUGCUGUUUUGGGGUGCUGCUGACGCUCCCCCUGUCUCAGGAAGAGGGGCUUCCACACGUUCGUGCUGCGGCCGCACUGCGGCGAGGCCGGGCCCGUCCACCACCUGGUGUCGGGGUUCAUGGUGUCCGAGAACAUCUCCCACGGGCUCCUGCUGCGCAAGGCCCCCGUGCUGCAGUACCUGUACUACCUGGCCCAGAUCGGCAUCGCCAUGUCCCCCCUGAGCAACAACAGCCUGUUCCUGAGCUACCACCGCAACCCCCUGCCCGAGUACCUGUCCCGGGGCCUCAUGGUGUCCCUGUCCACCGACGACCCCCUGCAGUUCCACUUCACCAAGGAGCCCCUGAUGGAGGAGUACAGCAUCGCCACCCAGGUGUGGAAGCUCAGCUCCUGUGACAUGUGUGAGCUGGCCCGGAACAGCGUCCUCAUGAGCGGCUUCUCCCACAAGGUGAAGAGUUACUGGCUGGGCCCCAACUACCAGCGGGAGGGGCCGGAGGGGAACGACAUCCGCCGGACAAACGUGCCCGACAUCCGCGUGGGAUAUCGCUUCGAGACGCUGUGCCAGGAGCUCACCCUGCUCACCCAGGCGCUGCAGGGGGCCGAGCUGGAGCCCAUCCAGGAGGAGGGGGGCAUCACCAUCGCCCUGGGCACGCACUGAGACCCCCCAGAGACCCCUAGGACCCCGCGGGACCGCCCGACACCCCCAAUAGCCCCCAGGGCUCUGCCACCGUCCCCUGACCCAUGGGCACUGCAGGGGGCAGAGCUGGAGCCCACCCAGGGGGAGGGGGGCAUCACCACCACCCUGGACACAUGCUGAGACCCCCAGAGACCCCCCAGGGUCCCCCGACAUCCCCGAUGCCCCCAGGGCUCUGCCAGUGUCCCCCCACCCACAGGUGCUGAGCUGGAGCCCACCCAGGGGAGGGGGCAUCACCAUCACCCUGGGUACCCCCAGAGACCCCCAUGAACCCCCCCACGAGACCACCAAUCCCCCCAGGGCUCUGGUGCCAUCCCCCCCACCUGCUCCCGCCACUGUCCCAGUGCCGCCGAGGGGGACACGGUUUGUUGGGUCCUCAUCAUUUCUGUCUGGUUUGGGGCAUUUUUUGGGGUCUUGUUUUGUCAGUUUUGGGGUCUUUUUUGGGUCUUUUUCUGUUUUUUUUAACUGGUGUUUCUUUGCUUGGUUGGGCCCUGCCAGGUUUGGUGGCACCAGGUUUGGUGGCACCAGGAGGUGACAUGGGGGCAGAGUUUGUUGGAUCCUCUCCAUUCUGACUCGUUUUGGUCAUUUUGGAGGGCUUUUUUUGGUCUUUUUUUUUUUUGUCUUUUCCUGCCUUUUACAACCAGUGUCCUCUCCCUGGGUUUGGUGGCACCAGGAGGUGACACAGGGACAGAGUUUGUUGGGUCUUCUCCAUUUCAUCUGGUUUUGGUCAUUUUUGGGGUCUUUUUUUGGUCGUACUCUGGUUUUUAACAGGUGUUUCCUCACUGGGUUGGGUUGGGCCCUGCCAGGUUUGGUGGCACCAGGGGACACAGUUUGUUGGGUCCUCUUUGUUUCGUCUCAUUUUGGCCUUUUUUUGAUCCUUCUUUGGCCUUUUCCUGCCUUUUUUAACCGGUGUCUCCUCGCUGGGUUGGGCCUUGGUGGCACCAGCAGGUGACACAGGGGGGUCCUGCCUUCACCCCCCAUGGUGGGGACACUGUGACAGGUCAGGGGGCCCUGCUGGGGGUGUGGGAGCAGCGUGGGGGUCCCAGCCCACCCCCCCCAGCUCCUGAUGCUCCUUGAGCCCCCCACCCCCUCUCCGUCCACUCUCCCCCCCAGGGGACGUGGGGACAAGCCCAGGGGGCUCCUUGGGGACCCCAACACGGGAUCUCUGCCCCUUCCCACGGGGGGACACGUCGGGGGGGACACGGGGGGUGGUGUUGGGGGGGGAUCCCUCCUCACCCUCCCGGGGCUGAAGGCAAAGGGGACACGGUGACCUGUCCCCGGGCCCCCUUUUCCCAGGAUUUGUGGCCCGGAUGAGGCUUCUCCCGUCCCUGGGGGGGGCAUCACCCCCCAUCCCUGCGACCCCCCCACAGCCGCAGCAGCUCUCGGGAAAACCUGAAAACCGACCAAAAACGGUUCAACCCAAACAAAACCCGUUCAGCCCAACCCCCACCCCCGCCCAGCAUGGAAA